AUGGAAGACCAUAUAAAUAAUAUCGCCACAGCCGAACUAUUAGAACACUCUCAAACCAAACGGCCCCAAGACGAAGUAUCAGACUAUUCUUCGGAAAAUAUAAAUACGUUUACAUUGGCUGCUAAUGAGGGUACACUUACCGGCAAGACGAUUGAUAGGAAUAUCAUAACUGAAGAAGAAAAGGAAGCUAAUAAAGAGUUUUUUGUUGGUAAAGCUUCAAAGACGCCUGAGAAUUAUAUGUGCAUAAGAAACCAUAUACUUGACACCUGGGUUAAGCGACAACCAAAUUACGUCAGCAAAACAAGUGUUCGUCCUGCUUUGAAGCACUAUGGAGACAUGAACACAAUCGGUCGAGUGCAUGCUUAUCUCGAGAAGAUCGGAGCAAUCAACAAAGAUUGUUCGAUUGCUACUGCUGUGAGGACAAGAAGUCAGUUGAAAAGAAAGCCUAGUGAUUGUGACGAAUAUUUAGGCAGAGAAAAACUGAAUGACGAUGACUUCGAAGACAUGAUAAGAAAGCGUCGAAGAAGUAUAAUAGAUGAGAGAGAUGAAGCUAUAUUUUCAAGAGACUCUUCAAUGGCUGACGCUGACGACCCGUUCAGGCUGAUUUCACCGAAUACUUAUGACACGUUUAAUCCUCCGCCAUUCCAAAUUGAAAUAGUAUCCAACGCCAAGCUUGUAAUGGAUUUUCAUGCACACAUGACUUAUAAUGAAAUAAUUGGUCUGCUCGGGGGUAAAUAUGAUGACAAGCGACGCGUAUUGAAAAUUUUUAUGGCCUUUCCCUGUCAAGGCACGAGUACUGGUAUUGAGUGCGAAAUGGAUCCAGUUUCUGAGAUGCAUGCAAAUGAAGCCUUUGCUGCACGUGGAUUCGACGUUGUUGGAUGGUAUCACUCACAUCCAACGUUUGACCCACAACCGUCAUUGCGAGAUAUAGAAAAUCAAGCUCAGUAUCAGGAGCUAUUUCGUCAUGAGGAUGGUGUGGAACCGUUCAUUGGUAUAAUAAUAACACCAUAUGACAAACUGAAACCGUCAAAUGUUUCUCAAUUCCAGUUUAUUUUUGUUGGACCGGAUCUCGAGCCUCUGGGCUCUCACAGAUUGCCGUAUACCUGCGAUGCCGACACCAUUCGUAAUGACACUUUACCGGACGAAGUGUUUGCACAACUUGUUGAGAUAGUGAGAGAUUUUCAGGACAGCGCCAAUCGAGUGAAUAUGUGGGAUGUAUAUCGCGCCAAGGAAAGUACUCUACGACUUGACAAGCUCAUAGAAUCACUGACAGCACAUUUGUUUCUUUCACCUGAUGAGCAGCAAUGUUAUCUUGAUAGAAUCAGGGAAAUGGUUGAGAUCGAAUUCAGUGAGAAUGGAGAGAACUCAAGUGGCAGUAACAGGCAGAGUGAUGAUAGUAAUUGA